AUGAUCGAGGCACAUUUUAAUCGAUCACGAAUAAAAACAGAAGAUGUCAAAUAUGAAUUUAUAUUAUCAUAUUUAGAUGACAAAUUAGCCAGUGAAGUGGAAGAUAUAAUAUUAAAUCCACCGAAAGUCGAACCCUAUACUAAGUUAAAGAAAGAAAUAAUACAACGUUUAUCACAGUCACAGGACCAAAAGAUUCGAAGGUUGCUACAGCAAGAGGAACUGGGUGAUCGAAAACCGUCGCAAUUUUUACGACAUCUAACAUCAUUGGCCGGUCCACUACUAGAUGAGAACAUUUUAAGAACCUUGUGGCUACAAAGAUUACCUACGCAUACACAACAAAUAUUAAAGGCACAUCCGACCAUGAAAAUUGAAGACCUGGCCGCCAUAGCAGAUAGCAUCGGUGAGGUUAACAUCGUGCCAACAGUAGCCGCCACAAGCCUUACCGACGGUACAACGUCUGAAUUAUUAAAACGCGUAGAAGACCUAACAAAAAUGAUAGCUGAAUUGCAAAAUAGACGUCCUAGAUUUCGGCAUAAUUCUCGUUCUAGGAAAAUCUCGCGCACAAGAAGUUUUUCACGCCAAAGAAAUGGUAGUAGGCAAAGAUUUGAUACGUGCUGGUACCACUACAAAUUUGGAAACAAAGCCUAA